AUGGGGGAUUCAUCAGCUGGUUUUCCCUCGACAACCGAGGACUCCAUCAUUGGAAUGGGAAGAUUGAGAGAACUCGAGCAACUUUAUCUAGCUGGGCCGAGUCGAGGUGAUUCGAUGUCAUUCGAGGCUCUCCUCGACACACUCAUCUGUUUAUUUGAUGAGUGUCAAAAUAGUACGCUCAGAAAGGAAAAAACGGUCACCGAAUUCGUCGAAUCAGUGAAACCGGUGAUCGCAAAAGCGAAAGCCCUUCGACUAUGCAAAGAGGACUUCGAGGUGUUGAAAGUGAUCGGCAAAGGGGCAUUCGGUGAAGUGGCUGUUGUGCGAAUGAGAGAAAUUGGAGAGAUCUACGCGAUGAAGAUUUUGAAUAAAUGGGAAAUGCUGAGAAGAGCGGAAACGGCGUGUUUCCGCGAGGAAAGAGAUGUGCUCGUUUAUGGGGAUCGACGCUGGAUCACCAAUUUGCAUUUCGCCUUUCAAGAUGACAGCAAUUUGUACCUCGUAAUGGACUACUACGUUGGCGGUGACAUGCUCACAUUGCUCUCCAAAUUCGAGGAUCACAUUCCCGAGGAUAUGGCUCGUUUCUAUAUGGCCGAAAUGGUGUUAGCCAUCGACUCCGUUCACAAUUUGGGCUAUGUGCAUCGUGACGUGAAACCGGACAACGUUCUCCUCGACAUACACGGGCAUAUUCGGUUGGCUGAUUUCGGUUCGUGUCUUCGAUUGAUGCCUGAUGGAAGUGUGGCGUCGAAUGUCGCUGUUGGAACGCCCGAUUAUAUUUCGCCUGAGAUUCUCAGAGCGAUGGAGGACGGCCGAGGUCAGUACGGAAAGGAGUGCGAUUGGUGGAGUCUCGGGAUUUGCAUGUACGAGAUGCUGUACGGGAACACUCCCUUUUACUCGGAGCGCCUCAUCGACACUUAUGGGAAAAUCAUGAGUCAUCAGGAGAUGCUCGAUUUCAACGACGAUGACAUUGAUUGGAACGUUUCCGAAGAGGCCAAAGAUUUGGUUCGAAAAUUGAUUUGCCCAAGAGAGGUUCGUCUCGGAAGAAGUGGUUUUGCCGAUUUCAAAGAUCAUCCAUUUUUCUCGGGAAUCAACUGGGAGACGAUUCGUAACUCAAAUCCUCCUUAUCGUCCCGAAGUCUCCAGUCCGACCGAUACGUCGAAUUUCGAUGUUGAGGACGAUUUGACGCCAAGUGAAGUACGUGCUCCAAAUGUGACAGCCGCUUUCACGGGACAUCAUCUACCAUUCAUCGGCUUCACAUAUACACAUGGAAGUCUCUUAUCCGAUGCGGCAAACCUAUCAAAUGUAAUUAAUGGAAGAAAAGCUCCAACGCAAGGAGAUGAUGUUCGACCGGCAGCCAUUGAGGCUUAUGAAAGACGCUUAGAACAAUUGGAAGUCGAUCGGAGUGAACUCACGAGGAAAUUACAUGAAGCAAAUCAAAUUGUUAUCUCGAAGCUGACCGUCGAUCAAAAUGGAGAUCACGCGGAACGGGAGAAACAACAUGAGCAAACAAUUGCACAGCUUCGAGAUGAGAUUCAGAUCCUCAAGAAAAGACUCGCGGAAGAAGCGGCUGCCUCACAACGCCCACAAAAGGACACUACACAAGAGGAGAUGGAGCGAAAGAUGAAAGAGUUGAAAGAGAAAAAUCGGCAACUCAUUCUCGAGAAGUCUGAAUUACAACGAGAACGCGAGGAAUUCCAAGAGAAACUUAGCUCACAAACGGCUGAAUGGAAAGAAGCGGUGAAACAUCGAGAAUUGGCAAAACAGGAUUUUGAAGAGUUGAGCAAUGAGCUCACGAAUGAGAAGAAUCGAAUCCGGAAACUCGAAAAAGAAUUGCACGAAAAGGAGACGAGAACCGAUCAGUUACAGAAAAAGGUUGAUGAUCUUAAAUCUGACAUGCGAAAGCUUGACCAAACCAAGCAGGACUCUGACAUGAGUCUUUCGGGUUUACAGAGAGAACUCGAAAAUGAGAAAUUGGAACGAGAAAGCUUACAGAAUCAAAUCGCUUCCCUUGGCAGCAAUUCAAGUGAAGAAGCGAGAAGACAUGCUGAAGAAAGAGAACGUUUGAAUGAAAGACAUAAUGAAAUUAUUGCACAAGAAGAGAUCAAAAGAAAACAAUUACAAGAACAUUAUCAGACGCAACUCUCCGAUUUACAAACACAACUGGACGAGCGUGAUGCUGAGCUGCGAACAGCGAAAGGAAAACUCGAUGAAGAUCGUCGAGGACUUGAGGAACAAACGAAAAAUGCCGAGAAUCAAUUCGAGCGUGCUGAGAAGCUUUUACGUGAGAACAACAAUCAGUUAUUGGUGGAGAAUGAGACAUUGAGAGAAAGAUUGUCACAACUCGAAGAUGAGCUAAAAUCGCACUCUGGAUUGAACACCGAGCAAAUGCACGAAAUGAUUCAGUGGAUCAAUCAGGAGAAGAUCACGCGAGAGCAUAUGGAGAUUCUUGCGACAAAGAUCUCUGGGGAAUUGGAGACAUUAAAGACUCAAUCACUAAACGGUACGCCUGUCUCCACAUCGAGAUUGCCAUUCUCAGAGCAUGGCCACAUCUACGCUAAUCAAACCCCCGCAUCCGCCUGGGGCUCGAAGCGGCAAAAGCGAUUGGCAGCGAUGAACGAUCAAGAUGUGCAGAAAUCUCUUCAAGCUGAACUUCGUGCCAAAGAAAGUCUACAGGAAGAGAUCAAGAAGCAACGAGCGCGCAACUAUCAACUCAACUCCCGUCUUCAACAAGCUGAUGAAACGAUUGCGAUUCAACGCCGCGAAAUCGACGAAAUCACCAUUCAAAGAGAACAACUACGAUCUGCUCUUUCAUCGAUUAACAAUGGUGAUAUGCAGGCCAGCUUUUUCAAUAUGGUGAACACGGAUAGCCCUGUUGGAACUGAAGCUCGUUCGGCUUUAUCCGGGUCGAUCCGUGAUUCGAUCAGCCUCUCGCAGAGCACCGACUAUGAGCCGCCGAAUUCGAGUCUACGAAAACGCGAAGAGGAGCUUCGACGACAGAAUUUGCAUUCACCAGUCUGCUACGAGAAUACGAGACCGGGACAGACGUCGGCGUCGAGCUCGAGCACGGUUGCUGUUGGACGAAUGCACAGUCCACAGAUCCUAAACUCUCAAAUCAACGCGGCGCUCUCGGGCCGAGGUCAUAUGUUCACCCAUGUUCAUCUCUCAUCACCAACGAAAUGUGGUCAUUGUACGAGUAUUCUUGUGGGAUUGGAUCGACAAGGUCUUUUCUGUCAGAAUUGUCAAUACCCAUGUCAUGUUCAUUGCAUGAGUCGAGCUCCGGCCACUUGCCCCGUUCCACCAGAAUCUCGUCGGCCAAUGGGUAUUGAUCCAUUGCGUGGCGUUGGGACAGCUUAUGAAGGACAGGUGAAAACACCGAAACAAGGAGGCGUUAAAAAGGGUUGGCAAACGACAUUUGUCGUCGUUUGUGACUUCAAAUUGUUGCUUUUCGACUGCACACCGAACAAGGAGAAAGGCAGCCCUAUGCCCACCGAUAUUCAGCCAAAUGUUCGACAGGUGUUGGACAUGCGAGACUCGAACUUUCAAGUGCAAUCGGUCACCGAGCACGAUGUGAUUCACGCGACUAAAAACGAUAUCCCAAAAAUCUUCAGGAUUACAACUUCACAAAUCCAAGGAACUUUCGGCUCCGAGGACGCCAAACAGUACACAUUGUUGAUGGCUGAAACAAAAGAUGAAUGCAAGAAAUGGGUGGUGGCGUUAACCGAGCUGAAGAGUUUACUGAAAAAGUCUCGACUUCCUGAUAAAACGGCAUUUGUGUACAAGGAGCUCUUUGAUGUGAAUUCUCUUCCGAUGAUUAAAUUCGCUCAAUGUGCUGUCAUUGUUGAUCCAAAGAAAAUCGUUGUUGGCUUCACCGAUCAUGGCCUCUAUUCAGUGGAAUUGGACAGAGAGACUUUGGUCGCUGUCGGUGGUGAAAAGGAGAACAAGGGGCGGUGUGUGGAAAAAGUCGAAUAUGUUGCGUCGGAGCAAUUAUUUGUGGCAAUGGUUGGGAAAGGAAAUGAGAGACAUUUGCGUCUGAUUCCAACAGCGGCACUUGAUGGUCGAGAUUUGAAAUGGAUUAAGCUAAAUGAUACAAAGGGAUGUCAUUUGAUGGCUGUUGGGGGAAUUGAUGGAAGACAAACCUAUAUUGCCGCUGCAAUGAAACGAGCCGUCAUUCUCUUCCAAAUCGAUCGCAGCGAGAAACGACACAAACGAAUGAGCUUUGAUCUCGCAAUGCCGGGUCAACCCCAAUGUAUGGCCAUCAUCGGUUCUCGUCUCGUUGUCGGUUUCCCUAACGGGUUCAGCUCGUGGAAUCUCGCCGAUGAUAGCCCGAAGAUUUCUUCAUUGGUGAAUCACGAGGAUCAAUCGUUGUCUUUCCUUUCUCAACCCGGCUACGAGGCUCAAAUGCUCAUCCCAACCCCAUCAACCAUUGGUGCUGGAGAGAUCGCUGAAUAUCUUCUCGUUUUCAAUAAACUCGGUGUUUACGUCGAUCAAUAUGGACGAAGAUCUCGUUCUCAAGAGUUGAUGUUCCCAUCAUUACCUCGUGCAAAUGGUUUCACCUAUCUUGCCCCAUAUCUUUGUGUUUAUUCCGAAUCGCAAAUUGAUGUUUUCAAUGUUGGCGCUGCUGAAUGGGUGCAAACGAUUAAUUUAAGACAAGCAUUCCCGUUGACAACGAGUGGCUUGAUUUCGUCGUGUGUUGUCAACGAUUUCCCUUACAUGGUUGUGUUAAGUGAGAAACUUGGAGUCGAAGACGCUAUUUUAUUGCCGGAUAAUGUUUCUAAAUAUGGCGGAAAGCUGAAAAGGCCUGGGAAGAGAAAAUUCACCGUUCGAACUCCGGGAAAAGAUGAGCAAAAAGCCGUUGAUCGCCGCAGUGCUUUGCCGAUCUCUGGUCCAUCUGACUUCAAACAUCUCUCGCAUAUGGGACCCGAUUCAGCGCAAAAUUUCAUCGAUCUCGCGAAAGAGCAAGACAAAAAACAAGCGGAUAAGAGUCGUAGUCUUCUACCUCCAAUCAUGCGCUCAACGUCGAGCACUUCGUCGAAUGUGAAUUCAGUUCUGGGUGGUAGUAAAAAGGAACUAGAACAAAUGGUUCGGAAUCGACCGGUCUCUUCACAUAGCCGAAGCUCUGAUGGUUCUAGUCUGGGAAGGGAUGGGAAACAAGAAAAUGCGUAUAUGGAACCGAUCUCUCGCCAACGCCAAUCCAUCCCGGCCAUCUCUCCACCAACUCUUCCCAAUUCUCCCAUUCACACAAACACUAUCAAC